ACAGAGAGAGAGACAGACAGAGAGAGAGAGAUGGAUCGUAUACCGUUGACCACGGUUGUGAUUUUGGCGGUUUUGGCCGUAGGUCUUGCAUUUGAUGAUCAGCCGAUGAAGGGGCGGGUGUUGGCGCUCGCGGUUUGCGCGGUUGCAUCCGCCUUAGAUGGCCGAAUCAGGAGAAGGAGCACGGGCCUGGGCAAGCUGAUGUGGUCAGCCGUGAUGGUUUUGGCCUUCUCCAUGGUAUUAAGGUACCUAGACGUGGAGACACAUGGUUUCUUGUUGGCGGUCUGGGUCGCGUUAUGGGUGCUUCGUGUCCUCCCCGGGGGGAAGUUCACCGGCGGCGCGGAGCUGCUGCGAGACUUGGGCAUAAGCCUGUUUGGGUAUUUUGCACUUCAUGAUCCGAGGAUGGAGACUUAUGCUUUGGCCCUUGCGGUUUGGACUCUGCUCGCCUUUUACAGCCGGUUAGAAACGCUGGAGCGGGACGGCCCGGAUACAGCGAGCAUGGAGGGAGGAUCCUCCUCGUCGAUCUCUACCUUGGCUAAGAAAGAGUCGCGUGUUUUCUUGAGUUUCAACAGAGGACCAGACAUCCCUGAUGUAUUUAUAGACUUCCUGAUGGCUCAACUCACGAGAUCCGGGAUCUGGGUCUUUGGAGAUGGGAAAAAGCUGCCUGAAGGGGAAGACCUAGUUGAAGUGAUCAAGCGAUCGGGCGUAUCGAUUCCAAUCAUCUCCAAAGGCUACGCUUCCUCCAGAGGUUGCCUCGUGGAGUUGGGGGUAAUGUUGGAGUGCAGAAGAACAGACGGCCAGACGAUCAUUCCCAUUUUUUACGACGUCGAUCCAUCGGAUGUUCGACACGUCAGGGGUUCUUUCGAAAUGUCCUUGAAGGACCACGAGAUGAAGGGAACAGAUGGCCGGACAAUCCAUGCAUGGGGAAGGGCUCUUCGUGAGGUUGGGGGUUUGGAGAGAUUUUACUCUGCAGACAACAAUUCUUGCAGGUCUAGUUUCAAGCUUUUAAAGCAACUCCACUUAGAUGUGCUGCAACUGUUCGGUAAGCGGGACAUUAAGGAGAAUUUGGUCGGAAUUCAGGAUCGAGUACGAGAGGUCAUGACAAAGCUUGGUGUUUACUAUAACGAUGGACAAGCAGUUGGGUUACAUGGUGGGGAUGUCCGAGUAGUUGGAAUCUAUGGCACUGGUGGGGUUGGCAAGACAACUCUUGCAAAGGCUGUUUAUAAAGACAUUGCUUCUCUCUUUGAUGGCUGUAGCUAUCUUGAGGACAUUCGAGAAAGGUAUACACAAUCUGAAGGACUCAAGUCUUUGCAAAAUCAGUUGAUUUCCGAUCUGCUAAAGCGAAGCUGCCCAAAGUUUACUUAUGAAGAAGGUGCGCACAUCAUCAGACAUAGAUUUCAUAGCAUGAGAGUUCUUAUUAUCCUUGAUGAUGUCAAUCACCAUUCCGAACUCGAACCAUUCAUUGGGAAGCUCAGUUGGUUUGGUCCAAGAAGUAGGAUCAUUGUGACCACACGAGAUUAUGGUCUUAUCAAUGUCCCUGAAGUGGCAGAAAGAUAUGAAGUCGAACCUCUGAAACCUGAUCAAGCUCUUUUUCUCUUUCGGAGGCAUGCUUCUGAUGUCCUGCCUUUCCAAGAGGGCUAUGAUUCUCUGUUCGAUGAAAUUAUAUCUGUGACUGGACGAAUUCCUUUGGCAAUCGAGGUUCUAGCUCCAAUUGUAUGCAGGAUGCCCACAAAACUAUGGCAUGGAAUCUUGAAGAAAUUGAGAAUGCUUGAUGAUCCAGUCGAAGGCAUGUUGACAGCAAGCUUUGUGUGUCUUAAUGAUAAGACCAAAGAAAUGCUAUUGGAUAUAGCGUGUUUCUUUGUUGGAAAGGAUAUUGCCAAACCCUUUUUCAUGUGGUGUGCUUGCGGCUAUGAUCCUCUCAGUGGAAUCAAAGUUUUGCUCGACAUGUCUUUGGUGCAAAUUGGAGAAAAUAACAAACUAUGGAUGCAUGAUGAGCUGAGAAAUCUUUGUCAGCAAUUCGUCUGCAAUGGGGAUCCCAAAAGUCCUGAAAGGCACAGUAGGCUAUGGAAUUAUGAGGAUGCAGUAUCAUUGUUGAAGGAAAGGAAGGGAACUAAAUUGGUUGAAGCCCUCAAUCUCAAGUUUGAUAACAGUCGCCAGGACUGCUUUACAUGUGAAGAAUUUGAACUUCUGCCAGACUUGAGGUUCCUCAAAUUGGGUAAAGCUAGAAUCAUAGGAGACUCUAAGAAUGCCCUAUCGAAUUUAAGGUGGCUUGAUUGGCAAGGGUGUCCUGAGACAUUUGGAGCUUGUGAUUUGCAUCUAAAAGAGUUGGUCAUUCUUGAUUUGUCAUGGAGUAAGGUUGCGCAUGACUGGAAAGGGUGGAGUCAAAUCAAGAUGCCACAGUUGAGAAUUCUAAACCUAACGGGAUGUACCGGCCUAUUGAUGACUCCUGAUCUCUCUGGUUUCGAGAAGUUGGAGAUAUUGAUUCUCGAGCAUUGUUCUCGAUUGGUGAAUAUUGAUGCUUCAAUUGCUCAGCUAAAGUGCUUAGUCACCCUGAAUUUGAAGUUCUGCGCUGAACUCAGCAUGUUGCCGAAAGAACUUAACGAUAUGAAAGAAAUGAGAGAGCUUCUAAUAGAUGGAACUUCUAUAAAGGAAAUUCCCAGUGCCCUAGCCAAUAUGAAGAAACUUAAAAUUCUCAGUGCCUCCAAUUGCUUCUCUCUGAGGGGCCUGCCCGAAUCAAUCGGUCAGCUGGAAGCUCUUUCGGUGCUCUUGCUGGACAGUUCAAAAAUUGUUGAACUCCCCGACUCAAUUGGAGAGCUGGUGCAACUGAAGCAGUUAUCUUUGAGAAACUGUCGUUGUCUAGGGGAGCUUCCAGACUCGAUCGGCAAAUUGGGAAGCACAUUGUUCGAGCUGGAUGUGUCAGAGACAGGUAUUUCUAAAUUGCCAGCUUCGAUCAGGAACCUACGGAGCUUGAAAGUACUGAAAAUGGACUCUUGUUUCAUAAGAGAAUUCCCUCACGAUAUUGGAAGGCUAACCAACCUCGAAGAGAUGCAUGCCUUGCGGUGUAGGAGCUUGGAAGGGGACAUUCCAAGUGAUAUCGGGGAAUUGAAAUCUCUGAGGACAUUGGUUCUAGGAUAUACUGGUAUUUCGAGCUUGCCGCCGUGCAUCCAGUCGCUUUGCUGUCUUCAGACCCUUGAUUUACUUCACUGCAACAGAAUUGAAGCAUUGCCAAUACUCCCCUCUAGCUUGACUCACUUGCAUGUGAUCUCUAGGAACAUGAAGGUCGUGCCAUUUAUUGAUAACUUGACAAAGUUGGAAGAGUUGUGCCUUGGCGAUGAAGAUUUCGAGGAAAUAAAACUACCCUCAACGCAGAGGAUGAUGACCAGGGUGAGGGUUCUCUCCUUUCUUUGGCCCAAAAGGUUUUCAAGGCUGAAGGUGUUGGAGUUGUCUCAUUCACGGAUCACGGACCUUUGGUUGAGGGACGAACAUCUCCCUCAGCUCACGAAACUUGUCGUGUCAGGCGCAAACCUCAGGAGAAUUCUGCAACUUCCGUUGACAUUGUUGUUCCUCUCAGUUCGAGGCUGUUUAUCAUUGAAAAGAUUGCCGACUGUUCAAUGUUUGAAAGGUUUGACCGAAUUACAGCUCUCACACUCUGCAGUCAGAGAGGUUGAAGGGCUUGGAGAGCUAGGAGCCCUGGAGAUCAUAGAUAUAUCUCACUGCGAAAUACGGAAUCUCAAAGGGCUUGGCCAGUUAACUUCCUUGAUAAGUUUGACGCUUUCGGACUGUGAUCAUCUCCGUGAGUUGCCUAACAUAUCAAAUCUGAGGAUGUUGAAAAUUUUAGAAAUCCGCCGAUGCAGGGAGAUUAAAAAUAUUCAAGGUCUGCAAGAAAUAAGAUCAUCCUUAGAGAAGCUGCAUGUAGGUGAACGCAAGGAUGAAGACUCUCCGAAGGAGGCCGUGGAGGUCGAAGAUCUACAAGGAGGUUGUGGCCCUGGACCUCUUCCCCAUUGCCCGCGGCAACCAGAGAAGCACGCACAACACAAGCUUCUCCCACAUGGUCAGGUGCAGGUACAGCACGUCGUCCUGGGCCAUGAACCCAGUCCGCCGCAGCGUCGACUGCCCGAGCCUGCGGUUGUUCUCGAUGAUCAUCCGAGAGAGGCCACCGUGGAGCUUCCCCAUUUUCUUCGUCUGCUUGGGAGAUGGAUAAGCUCUGCUUCUCCGCCAUUUUCUUUAUCUGCAUCAGCCUCCGCUCCCUCAGCGCCUCCCCAAGCUGAGGCUGAAUGUGAAGAACCAGAAGGGCAAGAAGUAGAAGUUGAAGAGGACGACAUUGUGGAGUCACGUCUGCUAGCAACGGAGAGAAAAGGGAAGGGCAAGGCGAGUGACGAGGUGGACGAACAGGAAAUUGACGCGAGGGCCAAGGAAUUCAUCAACAGGUUCAAGCAGGAACUGAAGUUGGAGAGGCUGAAUUCCUUCAUGAGAUACAAGGAGAUGCUUGAUAGAGGGAGUGGCGAGUAAAGUAAAACUAAAGGCUAUGUGCUUUUGCUGGGGGCUUAAUUUUAAUCGUCGCCCGUGCGGGUAUAAUUUGCUAAAAAUUGGGAUUCAUAAGGAAUAAUAUAGUCAAAAUUCAAUGGAAAAAAGCCCGGCCCAAAAAAUAAGUACAUAAAAGA